AUGGAUAAUGAAAAAAACGAUCCCGUUGUUACAAAUAUUGUAGCAACUAAAGAUAAAGUAACGACAAGGGUACUUGCAAUAAAAAGAAGCAAGAAAGCCAAGAAGUCAAAAGUUGCGAAGAAAACAGUUCAAAAAAAAUUACCAAAGGAUGAGAAUGAACUAUAUGGUAUAUUAGAUGAACCAAAUAUCAACUACGUGCAAUUUGGUGUAGAUAAAAGAUUCCAUACUUGGUAUGGCACUAAUGUAUAUUUUGAAAAUGGUAGUCGAGACCUUGGUAUUGUCAUAGAAAAUAAUCUAAAUCGUGAAAGCCCAACAAAGAAAGAACCGAUGAAGAAAAAAGGAACAUCUGAAAAGUCAAAAAUGUGGCUAGAUACUUUGUUUGUGUGCGAAUAUUGUUUUAAGUAUACCGAUAUUGAACAGCACUUAAUCGAACACACCAAAAUUUGUAAAUUAAAGAAUAAUUGUCCACCUGGGAAGAUAAAAUAUAAAUCUCCUAAAUAUACCAUACGGAGAAUAAAGGGUUCCAAGCAUAGCUUGUUUUGCCAAUGUCUGUGCUUAUUUACAAAAUUAUUCUUGGAUAAUAAAUCGAUGUAUUUUAAAGUGGAGAACUAUGAAUUCUACAUGCUCUAUGAAACGGGUGACAAUAAGCCAAUGGGUUUUUUUUCAAAGGAUCUUUUAUCAUAUCAACAGAACAACCUGGCAUGCAUCCUUAUAUUUCCACCGUAUCAAAGAAGACAAUUAGGUACUUUACUGAUUGAAUUUUCUUACAAAUUGUCCAGAUUGCAAAGUUUAAUUACAGGCCCAGAAUUGCCUUUAUCACCAUUUGGACUAAUCGGUUAUAUGUAUUAUUGGUCAAACCUUAUUGCAUAUGAAGUCAUCGAUGGUCAAUUAUCAAACAGAUCGACGAUUUCACUAAAUGAACUCUCCCUUACAACGGGGAUACGAACUUCAGACGUAGUGAUGACCCUCAAACAUUUAGAUUGUUUAGAUACAAAAAAUAGAAUAAAUAUCCAAAUGAUCCGUGAAUGGUUCAAGAAACAAAAGGCCUCUAAGAAACAAACCAUAGACAAUGCGGGUAAUAUCAUGAUCGAAGAUGAGUAUCUCCUAAUUGAUGAUUGA